CAUUUUGGACUUUCAGUGUGAGUCACUAGUUUGAACUAGUCAGACCAGCACAGCAGGAUUAAAACUGCAGUACGAAGCCCAAUCAAUUUAAAAAAAUGAGCAGCAAACCUUCUGUUGUGAAUGUGACCAACUGGAUUGCAGAGAAUGAGAAUGCUUUUCUGCCACCAGUGUGCAACAAGCUCAUGCACUUUUCCCAGCUGAAUGUCAUGUUUGUUGGAGGUCCUAACACGAGGAAGGAUUAUCAUAUAGAAGAAGGGGAGGAGCUGUUUUACCAGGUGAAGGGGGACAUGUGUGUGAAGGUGAUAGAGAAUGGGAAACACAAGGAUGUGCACAUCAAGGAGGGAGAGAUGUUCCUGCUGCCGGCUCGGAUCCCACACUCCCCCCAGAGACAGGCCAACACCGUGGGGCUGGUGGUGGAGAGGAGACGGCUGCUGACGGAGACCGACUGCCUCAGGUACUAUGUGGAAAACACCACUGAUGUGCUGUUUGAGAAAUGGUUUUACUGUCAGGAUCUUGGAACCGAACUGGUGCCAAUAAUCAAAGAGUUUAUGGCAUCAAAGCAGAACAAAACAGGAAGGCCUGAUCCAAAUGAAGUCUUCAGAGAACCUCUGUUCCAGAUGAACACCAUGAACGUGAUGUCACCGUUCUGCUUCAAAGACUGGAUCAACAAACAGAGGCCGUCCCUCGCCAGCGGCGGGCCCGUCAACGUGUUCGGAGCCCAGUUUGAGACGGAGGUGAUGGUGUUUGGACCUGGCCAGACCGAGACGUCACUGCGGCAAAGUGAUGUGUGGAUUUGGCAAAUGGAGGGAUCCUCAAAAGUAACCAUGGAUGAGCAGGAGUUCUCUCUCUCUGCAGGAGACAGUUUACUCAUUCCUGAACAAAGCCAGCACCAGUGGCAGAGAGAUGAGGCGACUGUUGCCCUGUUUGUGGUCCAAAAUCCAGAGCGGAAGAGACCCUGAAGUCACAAACGGAAUAAAUAUAUUGUGCAGUAUUCUGUAUAGAUGGGGAGGAGAACUCAUGUAAAAUUAAAUAAUUGAAGUACACUCAGCAAGUCAUGUAAAUUCAGAGCACCCGUGUAAGUUUGUGAAAGUGAACAUUGACCCAGCAGUAUUGAUAAACACUAUAAGCUAUUGAAACUGUAAAUUGUACUUUAUUAUAGUUAAAUUAAUGAAUCUCAUCAU